AUGCAGCUGGUAGUUCAAUCAGAUGCAUGACAAGAAGGUACAGGGAGCUUCGGGUUUCUUCAUCGGGAAUUUCGUACACUUGUCACGGUUUUGCUCCAAGCUUCUGAAACUGAAGACCAGCUGAAAGGGUCAGAGAAAGGGCUGCUAUUGGAGCAAAUUAAUAAGGUCAGGUGGUGUAAAGGACACAGCUGCAGAUGACAUACAAACACUGGUGGUUUUUGACAUUACAUAUAGUGGCGUUCAGACUCCAAGCUUUGCUGUUAUAAUCAGUGAAGACACCGUUGGAAGUACAGGCCUCAGAAUUUCCUCAGAUCCGUUGGGAAAUGGCUAUCACAGACGUCUUGGCUGCCUCUGAUAUUUCAACUGCCAUUAAUGCAUGUAAAGCAAAGGAUUCUUUCAGCCCAAGGACAUUUUUCGCCACAGUAGGUUUGUCAAAGAAGUCUCCACGUGAGAUAGAGAAGAUCUUUAAAAUGUUGGACCAGGACAAGAGUGGGUUCAUCGAACAGGAUGAGCUACAGUUGUUUCUACAAAACUUCUCAAAAGGGGCUCGUGCUCUUACAGCAGCUGAAACCAAGGCCUUCCUCAUGGCUGGAGACAUGGAUGGGGAUGGGAAGAUUGGAUGGGAAGAAUUUUCAGCCCUUGUUAACGCUUCCUGAGACCAGCUGUGACUGUCAAACAAAGAAAAAAGCAACUGGGAUUUUGUCAGUAGCAGUUUUAAAAAAUUAAUUGUGCAGGAUUGCGCUCUGUCUUGUAUGUUUUACUGUAAUGUUAUUGUUUGAGCUUA